CGGAGUUGGGAUCGGGUUAACUUUGGUUUUUGCUCCGUUCGCGUUCAUUCGUUUGCGUCGUCGUCGCGCGCGUGUUUCUUUCGGUUUCGGUUCGCGCGGUGCACGUGGUUCACGUUUCGGUUUUGUUUUGCUCGCGGAUUGGGAAGCGCCGGCAUUGUCGUAAGGCGAUAAGGUUGCUUCGGGAGGAUUGUCCAGCCGGAUCGGAUCGAUAGAGUUCGGAUUGGAAAGGAUAAGAGAUAAUCCGCGUGCGCGGUUACGGUGUCUUGUCAGAUUAUGGUUUAUUCAGCGUGGUGUAAUUAAGACACUGAUAUGAUUGCCAGAUGUGUUACAGAUUCGUUGGGAAGGGGAGUCAAGCUGAUGGUGCUGAUUGGUGAUGAGAAGUAGAAUGUGCAGUGCUAAGAGUGCAAUGAAGAUGUAUGAAGCGAGGGGUUGACUACGGUUCAUAUAUCCAGCGGUCAUUGGUGGAAAUCGAUUAGGUGCAAAGCAUGACAUGUGCGUGACUCGGGAAUUUCAGUCGAUGGAUGUGGAUUGUUACUUGCAUGUACGUUAGUAUGGUGCAGGAGGAUAAUGUAUGAUGUGAUUGAUGAUUGUUUAGGAUGAAUUUAAUGAUGUGUAUCGCUGUAUAACAUGAUUUUUCUGGAAAACGUGUUAUGUAAACCCAGUUUAACAUGAAAUGCCAACCGUGCACACACUUAAUCCUUAUCGGUACUGUAAGCAAGCAUCGCUUUUUACAACCUUUAACGAAACCAGCUCCUGAUUUAUGCAAAACCACCAAAAACCAGGCAUAAGACUCGCGCGGUGACAUCAAUUAACAAUCGCGAUUUGCACACGGGCUAUCGACUGCUGCGAGAAGUAAUGCUUAUUGGCCAUCCCACAUAAUGAAACCCAUCGCAGUAAGUGACCGAACGACGAACAACAAGAAGAAACAAAGCGAUUGAAUUGAGUAUGCAUAUGCGGCGCGGACUGUGUGUGAAUGAUAUCCACCCCACCUCGUUCGAAAGCGGCGCGCUAACAAUCGACAACCAUAACAGCGAAUGAAUGGUCGCUAUCACGUGUGUCAUUAAGGACUGGGCCAACAGAAGCAAGAGUUCGACUUUUUUUAUGCUUAUCGAUUUAUGCGAUUUUAAUGAAGUCACCCCCGGGGCGUGAUCGGCGGCGGGUUGGUGCAGUUAUCAUCAAGGGGGGAGGGUUGUGCGUGUUGAAGGAAAGGAAGAGAACGGCAGUGAUAAGUCCUGUUUUUCGCUGCCGUGAGUGUAACUUUCUGUGAGCAAAAGGUGAUAUAAGAAAAUUAAACAAAAUACAACAGAAGUUCGUAGAGCUCCAAAUCUGCGAAGAAGUCGAUACCGAGAUAUGUGAGAAAACAACAAUCGCCACAAAAAAGUGUAAUUAAAUUUGUGCAGUUUCACAUAAUUAAUAAUUUACGCCGAGCACAACUGUAACGAAGCGAGCUUGUAAAACCCCAACAUCGCCAAGAAAAAGGGAAUAAAGUUGAUUUUUUCGCUGUUGACGGCGCUCAUUAUUGUGACCGGUAGAAGCUGGUGAGCGAAAAGUUGUCGUCUCGUCUACAGACGACAAGGAAAAUUCGGCAUCGAGGCGUGAAUGUGCGAAAAUUGGCGCCUCUGGCAGCAGUAGCAGCAGCAGAAAAAAAAACAAGUGUGGAAAGUGCGGAGGCUGGUGAGAACUGCCCAAUUUGUGGAUUAAAACGACACUUAAACUGUGCGUGAGACAAAGAUUCAAUGGAACAUCGCCAGUCCUCCCAAAUAUCACCCAGUCCAAACCCAUGACUGAAGGCCCAUUUACAAAACCAUCGUCCUUGUCCAGAAAACUUGACCGGUAAUGGACCGCAAGAAUGGAACAAAGAUUCUGGCACCAACACCGGCCACAGCCAAAGGAUUUGGAUCAGCCUCAGCAACAACAGCAGCAGCACCGACAACAACAACGCGUCGAAAACUGGCCGUCAAAACAAACACCCCCUCGGCAAGCCUUCAACCACCUCAUCAAGCGCCAGCCAAGGGAAAAGCCGCUCAGCCACAAGGAACGAGAUUGGACCAAGUCACUGCAACUGGCAGCAACAGCAACAACAACAGCAGCACGUCGAAGAUGGAAAACGCGAUGCAGGCUACAUUCGCCUCCGUUCAUCGUCCUCGGCAGAUAAGCACUAUGGCGGCCAUCAAACGGACAGGUUCCAACUCGGCCCGGGCGGAUCUUGUGCUGCUGCAGCAAAAAUAUGCCUCGGCGGGAGUUCACUUUCGUCAAGACUCGGCCACAGCCCUCAUCAUGGCAGGACCAGCCAAGUCUGAUUCAAUGACUGAAAACAAUGCCGGAAUAUUUAAUCAACCUUUGCUGCUCCCGCUGCCCGUUCAAAUACCUGAUCCAUAUGCUAAUUCAGCAUCAUUCUACGGCCAAAGUCCCAUUCAGAGGCAUUCCAGUCAGUUUCAAAGCCAUCAGCCACUACAAUUUGAUAUGGCACUAUCACAAAAGGCUGAUUAUCUACAGCAGCAGCAGCAACCGAGCAGCGGAAAGUAUGGUGGCGUAAAUCAAAAACAGUCGCCAGCCGUGUCCAAUCAGACAGGCUCGACAACGGUUGUGACUCGACUGCCAAAACAGCAACCAAGCUGCAAAAUGGCACCCAAAUCAUUGAACGACAUUUACGAGAAGCACUUGUUGAGUCAAACCCAGUUCGAUGGCGGUGGUUCCGGACCAUCGAGCAUCCAGGCCCAGAUUCCACCGGCGAAAGAGACCACCAUCCAUCGGAUGAAAUCAUCAACGACGACCAUCAGCAGCAGCCAACAGGCGCCACCAAAUCAGACCAAUAAAUUGUCCAAAGACCACGGCCCGGUUAAUUUAUACGAAUCGAUUCGCAGCAAUUAUCAUAUCUACGAAAAAAUUGAUCCCACCAAUACGGCGGCGGCACCAAAACGCAGCACACGGGUGGAGCAAUACGUAAGACCUCCGCCUCCAUUACAGCCUCGCCCUAAGUCACUUCCGGUAGGAGCUGCCAGUAUUCUGUCCACUGGAAAAGCGACCCAUCGCGAACGGACUCCAUCCACAACGUCCACGUCCAGUAACAUUCCAUUCAAACUCACCAGCCCGGACGUAUUGCGAACCAUCAAGAGCCCUAUCGGAGCAGGACUUUCACCGAUUUCCGAGAAGCCAUCGUCCGCGUUUUCGGCCAUACCGGUCUAUGGAGGGGGCAUCAGUGCCCAUAAAUCAGUCAUUACGGCGGACAAGAUCAACAUUGCUCUGGAGACGGCGAAAGCACUCGCAACGGCAGCAUACAUCGAGAGAGCUGCGCAACGCCUAGCUUCGGGCAGUGUGAUCCACCAUAACCACCCGCACCAUCAGGACCCUUCGUCGUCCUUGCCACAGAACUUCCACAAUCAGCAGACGGGCAAAAUGAGUGCACUUGGGAGUGGCGGUGGCAGCGGCGAAAUUGGUGGCUUCUGCGGUGCAAUUCAACGGACACCGCCACCAGUGCCUGCCGGAUUGGCUCGACGGAUGGCCAACCGGGAAAUCGUCGGACUCGGCAAGGUCAAAGUAAUGCUUCGUGUAUCCGAUGACCCACCGUCGAAAACGGUAUCCGGUAGUGAAGAGGUCCAACAGCAGCCAUCCGCAAGCACCAGCACAAGUAGCAGUAGCAGUAACAACUACCUGACGGUGGACAAGAAGAAACGCCAGGUGACGCUGUGUGAAACGCAAACCAACUUGGCCUGUGGUGGCACUCAGGAACGGGGCCCAAUGGUAUCGGCGCCGAAAAUGUUUGCAUUCGAUGCAUUAUUUACGACCGAGGACUCGCAGCAUGACAUAUGUGGAAGUGCACUGUCGGAGGUAAUACCGGCCGUUCUGGAAGGAUCGGAUGGCUGUCUGCUAUCGUUAGGCUAUCCAGGAGCAGGACAAUCACGCACCAUGUUCGGAACGCUCGCUUCGGCUCCGUCGGACCUCGGCGCCAUUCCGUGCGCCAUCUCGUGGCUCUACAAGGGAAUUAAUGAGAAACGUCAGAAAUCAGGCGCGAGAUUCUCGGUCCGUGUCAGUGCCCUAGGCGUGAACGCGACCAAACCAGGCUCGUCGUCGAGGGAUUUACUCGCCGGCCAUGCGACAGAGUCGGACGAUUCGCCGGGAAUGUACCUACGGGAUGACUUUCUCGGCCGGCCCACGGAACUACGUGCCCCGACGGCGGAACGUGCCGCCCUCUUCCUGGACCUGGCACUGUCCGGUCGGGCACAGGGCAGCAGUAAUUUCGAACCGGCACUAAUUUAUACACUGCACGUCUACCAGUACAGUUUGUCUGGCAAACGGGGAGUGGAAGGUGGCCGAAGUCGAUUGCACCUCAUCGAUCUUGGAGGCUGUGCCAAUCGGAGUGGGGGACUUCCGUUGUCUGGAAUUGGAAACGUGUUGUUGGCGAUUCUCAGCGGACAAAAGCAUCCACCCAACAGAGACCACCCUUUGACGCCAUUGCUACGGGACUGCUUGGCCCCGUUGACCUGCCACGUGGCGAUUGUAGCCCAUGUGGCACACUCACAGUCACAUACCGAUACGUUAACGACGAUUCAGUUGGCAUCUCGAAUUCAUCGACUUCGUCGUCGAAAACCUCGUCACCAUCUGUUCGCCGGUAGAGCAGCAGAUCUUGCCGGAUCGUCGGGACAUCAAUCGGGUGGUUCUUCGGAAGGCCCCGAUCCAUCCAGUUCCGACUUUUCUCAGGAUACCGUAAUCUAUGUGGGUCCAUGUGAUGACGCUACCGAUGGAGAACAUCCACCGGUCUACUUGCCAAGUCUCAACUCUGGGGAUAACCGCUGUGCCAUGAAUAAAGUCCUCAAAGGUUCUGCAGCGGAAAAACCCACCUCAACCCCAACAGCCUCACCACAGAAAAAGAAAAAUACUUCCACAUCCAAGCGUAAGAGCGACACCCUUCCCCAUCCCGGGAGAAUUAGUUUGUUCAAACCCGAUUCUUACCUCCUUACAGCUCAAAAUCCUGUCCCAGCACCGAUCCCCACUCGUACCGAUAGUCUUAAGAGGAAUCAAACGUACAAUCAACAAUCCGUCGCUGCAGGACCCGAACUGGUGGCUAAUGCUAUCCAAAUCGCUUCCCAGCAUGCUUCCCCUAAAAUUGUAGCCGGAGCUUUCAAGCAUGUAGCUGGCGUGAGUAGAGGCUCCAACAUCCCAACGCCCAAGAGUUCACCCAUGAGACGUCCUACUCCUGCUGCGGCUUCAGCAGCUGGCUCUGCAACCCGUGAAAGCCCAGCUCGGCAACUUGGGGAAGAAAAGUGGAUCGACGGUCCUCGGGUAUCGAAAUCCAAGGUUCAUGAAGCUCGACAUCUGCUAAGAGAAAUCAACCACGUCAAGAGUCACGAAACCUGGAUUGAUGGACCGAAAACAGCGAGCGCCACCCAGGUAUUUCUUCCUCCAGCAGCGCACAGCAAUCAAAGUUACGGUUUCAUGGAUAACCACAAGAAAUCCAUGAUCCGACAAUGGGUUGAGAAUCAGUCCAUGCAGCUACUACAGCAAUCCGUCUCUGCCAAUAAUUCUCCAGUUCAUAGUAGACACCACAGUUACAAUCCACCUCGUUUCAAACCCAGCAAAUCCGAUGAGGAUGGAUUCGUACUCGAGCUUGAACGUCAGGAAGAGCUUAUAAAUCCAAUUGCGUUCCGAGGAUUCGCCGCUACCAGUGGUGUUGUCAACAGUUCAGAAUGCCACGUUCGCACGGGUCUCAAGCAAGCCUACAGUUUAGAUAACCCAGAUUUACAGCAGAAUUCCAGCAUACCCGUGUACGCUACUGUAACGCCUUCAGCCACUAAGGCUGCUACGGCCAAUGCUUCCAGCGCCACUGUCCCCUGUCCCAAUCCAGCACAGGCGAUGACGGCCAUCGACAAUCAAUCGGAAAAAUCACAUCCUCCUUCAUCGCACGCCAGUGAUAAACCUGUGAGUAAGCAUGGCGACAGCCAAGAAGAGGAAGAUCAGGACAGUGGACCUUCGGAAGUCCCACCAGCACUGCCAUUGAUGAACCCCUUGGGAUCGCGGGAAAUUUCCCACGAAAGCAUCCAUCACCUAUGUUCACGGCACGUAUCGCGAGACAACAUGAGUGUUCACAGUCAGCAUAGCCACAACGCUGGUAUGAUGGACUGUGGUCUGCAGGUUACGGAAGAUGACAUCGCCCGGACUAUGGGAGGGGAGCACCCCCUGAGUGCACUGAGUCACGGAGACGUAUCCGUCGUAUCGAGCUUCAACGUCGCUGGAGAUGCCUUCAGCGAUUGUGUAAUCGGUGAUAGCAUGCGGAACCAAUUCGACCAGCUUGCCCGAUUGCGGGAAAUCUUCACCUCUCAGUUAGCAAUGGCAGAGGUGACUCCGGCCUUCCGUCUAGGUGACACCGGUAGUGUCUACAGUGAACCUGCCUAUCGCUUCAACACAGGGGCUGCCAGCGUUUGUAGUGAGCCUGCGUACCGUCCACCGAGUCCUCGCUGCCGCGACUGUCGGCAAUCGCUAUCCCUUUCCCGCAGUCCCAGUCAGUGUUCGUUACCUAGUCUCAAUGGGAUCGUCGCAAUAGCCGGUAUGGAGCAGUACGCUUCCCUUCGACAUCCUGACGGGGCGUCGGACCCGAAUCUGCCAAAAUUAGGGGAAAACAACGAAGAACCCAUAGACCCCGAUGAACACAUCCGUGAAAACCCUUUAGCGGAGCUCGACGAACAGGAAGCCCUGAAAGAAAGUACCUCUCUUCUUCCUCAACAAACUCUCCCAACUCUGCCUCUUCUUCCGCUAUCCACUCCAGAAGCCUAUGACAGUGGUCACGAUUCGACUCCUCGAACCUCGAAACAUUCCGGCAUUUCUCGGAGGGCGGAAAGUGGAUAUCACAGCGUUGGAACCGUUCGUGACAGCGACGAAAGCAGCUUUGGAUCGGCUGCCUCCCGUGCCAAUCAGAAAUCCAAGAAACGAAACCGCCAUGACAAAUCUCUCUGCCACUGGCUGCGGAAUCCCUUCAACUGUACCUAUCCGGACACGGAGGGCGACGUUAGUGACUUUUAGGGGUUGUCGGCGGACGAGGUGAACGAUUGUAGCUAAGUAGCUUAAUUCGGUUAUGUGUAGCAUCUUUGAGUUUCGCGUUGUCUGUUGAGAAAUCAGGAUAAUAGUUUGCUUGGUGUGGACCCUUCCCGGGAAGAGGUUAAUGUUUGCAAGACAAUAAAGUAAAUCGCAGCUUUCUCCGUUUUUCCGCGAUCGCAGCCCUCUGUCCGGACGAAGAACUUUGAUGAACCAUCGAUAUAAGACUAAAACUAUUUUUACCCUGUAAGCUGCUGUAAGAGAAUGCCGAAUCAAGUGAUGUUGUUUAAGUUUCGAAAGAAAUCAGUGGUGCAUUUCGAGACUAAGAAGCUAUUUGUACAGUAAACAAUUUUAUAGACUAUAUUAUACUUAAAUGGUAUAGGGAUAGAAUUAUACACUACCGAUAGAGAACUAUAAAGCCUACGCAUCAAAA